AUGAAUCUCUACGCGUUCAAGCGUCCCGAGCUGCUGAAAACGAAGAUGGGCACGUCCGGGUUCGUGGUGUCCACCAGCACGAAGGUGCUGACCGGUGGUGCUAGCGCCGCGUCCGGCGCAUCGCAACGGACCCGCCCGGCGGGCACGGUCGUGUUGGGUUCGGGCGAAGCGAAAGCCAACGAACAGCUAACAUCCCUCUUUGAUCGCUAUUCAGGGCACGCCGGUGUGGCGGAACCGAUGACGGACGAGGAGUACCAGAACGAGCUGCACCGUGCGACGGAACGGACGGUCCCGCUGCGGACGACCACCCCGAAGGAGGGUCUGUCCACCUGGGUACUGCUGUCCGGUAGCGAUUCUAGCGAGAUGAAGAGUGAGUCUACGAGUACGACCUCGAGAAAGGUGAUCAUCACGACGACGACGACGACGACGACUAGUACGACACCGAAACCAACCACCAGCGCUACGAAACGAUUCCAACCGUCUACCAGACGCGUCAUGCAGACGACCACACCUCGUCCGGGUAGAACAACCACAAGCCCCACCAGCAUGGAGGAGAAGAAGGAAAAACAGAACAAACCGCUACCGAAGCAGAAGAUCGCCUCGACCACUCUUAAGCCGGUGAUCGUAAAGAAGGUUAAGAAACCGCUACCGACAACAACUACGACGGCGACGACGACGACAACCACCACGACGACUACGCCCAAGCCAACAACUACCUCAUCCCCAACGGUAACCACCGAGAUGGUCAUCACGGAGCAGAGUGCCUCCACGGUGGCGAACGAUCUAUCCGCACCCGUCACCGACGACAGCUCGCAGGAAUCGUCCACCUUCCUGAUACUGGAACCGAAGGACGCUCAGUUCGAUCUGCCCGAGGAUCGUUCCCCGUCCAAAACGGCACCCAGCAACGGUGGCAAGGUCGUGAAGAAACCAACACGCAAACCGAACGCCAAAGCCCCCGGUGGCACGAAGAAGAAGCCGGCCAACAAGAAAACGCGCAAACCGGAAGUGAAGGAUGUGGUGGCGAAUGACAAGAAACCGGGCAACAAGAACAAGCCCGUCUCGACGCAGAUCAUCAACUAUUUGUCGCGCGAG